AUGUCGUGGGAAGGAUUCAAGAAAGCUGUCAACAGAGCGGGUAACUCCGUGAUGGUCAAAGAUGUCGAUAAGACCAUUGACAAGGACUUCGACACAGAAGAGAGAAGAUACAAGACAUUGAAGACUGCUGGCCAGAACUUGCAAAAGGCAUCCAAGGGGUACUUGGACUCAUUGAGAGCAGUGACAGCAUCGCAAGUGACCAUUGCAGAGACGGUGUCCAACUUAUAUGAGGAUACUAAACAGGGCGGAUCUGCGUACUCCAACGUUGGAGGCUAUUACUUACAGUGUGUGCGAGAGAUAGACGAGGAGACAGUCAAGCAGGUGGACGAGCCAUUCCGGGAGACGAUUUUGGACCCUGUGACUAAGUUUGCCAAUUACUUCACGGAGAUUGAUGAGGCAAUUAAGAAGAGAGCUCACAAGAAGACCGAUUAUGACCAAUGCAAGGCCAAGGUAAGAAGAUUGGUGGAUAAGCCUGCUAAAGAUGCGGGCAAAUUGCCUCGGGCGGAGAAGGAAUUGGCUAUUGCCAAAGAAAUUUUUGACGAAUUGAACGAGCAAUUGAAGGCAGAGUUGCCGCAGCUCAUUAGCUUGAGGGUUCCAUUUUACGACCCAUCGUUUGAAAGUUUAGUAAAGAUCCAGUUGAAAUUCUGUACGGAGGGUUACUCUCGGUUGGCACAGGUGCAGCAGUACUUGGACCAGGCCAGUAGGGACGACUAUGCUAAUGGAGUUUUGGACGGUAGGAUUGAUGAGUUACUCAUGCACAUGAACAGUUUGAGUAUAACGAGUUUGGGAGCCAAGUAG